AUGGGCGCCGGCCAAAGCGCUCCCACUUCCUGCGCCUAUACGCCAGUCCCGACUGACGCCGACGACGGUAGGCGCAUUCGGCCAUAUGGUCUCGCCGCAAACAGCAAGCACCUGCAGCUGAACAGCUCCUCCUGCUCCCUCUACUCCGGCAUCGUCUCCCUCGUAAAGCACAACAAGUACGCCGACCUGCUCGUCAUAUGCGCCAACGAUCGCUACCCGGUUCAUCGCGCCAUCGUCUGCCCGCGUAGCCGCUUCUUCGAGGAGCUCUGUCGCGUGCGUCAAGGCGAACACGACUAUGCAUCCCCAGCCAAGCCGACCAAGAUCUGGAUUGAUCGUUCCGAAUGCGACUCGCACGUCCUGGCUGCUGUCCUGACCUUCCUAUACACGCUCGACUACAAUGCGAGCGGCCCGCAGGCAUUGACCUUCGGACUCCCACAGGAGCUUACAGGUGGAGACGAUGACGGCCCCACCGUGGACGGCGUUGAGGAGCUUGACAAUGAAGACGACACGUGCGUGGUGAGCGCAGCCGAGGUGGAGUCUGUGGCAACCCCCACAGCCGGCGACGCAACGCCCUCGCCAUCUGCAAGCUGCCACUCGUCACAUGUGUCGAGACUCUCCGGGGAUGCGGGCGAACGCCAGAACGAGCUCGUCUUCCACGUCCAGAUGUAUUCCGCUGGCCACCGAUUUGGCAUUGCCUCGUUGCGCGACGUCGCCAAAGACAAGUUCGGCAAGCGGCUCGUCUCUGGGCCUUGGAAUGAUGAGAUGAUUGACUGCAUCCGGGAGGUCUACAGGCAGGGGAAUGAUGCGAGGCUGGCCGAUUUGAGGGAGAUGGUGGUCAAGUGGGCGAGGUCAAGAUUCCGAGCCCUUAAGAUUCGCGAGGAGUGGGACGACCUCAUCAUUGAGUUUCCCGAGUUCGCCGCGGAGAUGUUAAGGCGUUUGUGA